GAACAUGGAGCAGACCAUCAAAGAUCUGCAGCACCGUCUGGAUGAAGCUGAACAGAUCGCCAUGAAGGGAGGCAAGAAGCAGGUCCAGAAGCUGGAGGCCAGGGUCAGGGAGCUUGAAAAUGAGGUGGAAAGUGAACAGAAAAAAUCCAGUGAUGCAAUAAAAGGAGUGAGAAAGUACGAGAGACGCAUCAAGGAACUUACCUAUCAGACUGAAGAGGACCGUAAAAAUCUGGCACGUCUCCAAGACUUGGUGGACAAGCUUCAGCUCAAAGUGAAAUCCUAUAAGAAAUCUGCAGAAGUAGCUGAGGAACAGGCCAACAGCAACCUCACCAAGUUCCGCAAGCUUCAACAUGAGUUGGACGAGGCUGAAGAGAGAGCCGAUAUCGCAGAGUCUCAAGUCAACAAGUUACGAGCCAAGAGCCGUGAUGUUGGGUCAAAGAAAGGACAUGAUGAAGAAUAAAGUUUCUCCAGACAAUAAAGUGUCCGAGACACCUGUUGCUAAUUUAAUGGUGCCUCCCUAAGCAUGCUGUCGUGUUGAGUAGAAUAAAUCAAACGUGCAUCUAAAACAGCCUCUUGACUUGUUAUUGCCUACAGUUUUGAUGGUUUACAGAAGAAAAUAAUUACAUUCAAGAAAGUUGUGAGCAUAAUACAAUAAAUCAGAUUGACUGGAUAAACUAAAUAUAGAACAUUAUUGUACCAUUAGAAUAUUGAAUAUAACAUGCAAGACUGCAAAUACCUGAAAAUGUACACCUUUUUUAAAAAAAAUAAAUGCACUUAUUUAC